GUGGGUGAAAGGUGUCUCUCAUCCACCUUGUCAUAUCUUUUCUCCGCCCACAGCCUAUAUAUAACCGUAUUUUCCUUUGAAACCGGUUUUUCUCUUUCCUCGAUCCUCGUUGGAUCUAUUCACAAUCCUAUCCAUCCAAUUCAAUCCUUAACGUCACAAUCACCCUCCUCCUUAUUCGCUGUCCCUCUCUUUCAUCUUUUUCGUAAACAUCUACGUUUUUUUCCAUUCUUGUCUUUCAUCUCUAAUACCCUACUUUUCUCUUAUCAUCGAUAACCCUUUCAUCUUUUCUCAAUUGGGUUUAAUCAAAAUUUCAAUAUUUUUCAUUGGGCGAUUCAAAGUUUUAAUUUUUUUUUUUAAUUAUGGUGACGGUGAAUCUGGGAAUGCUUCAUUAUGUAUUAGACCAUGUUUAUGGAGCAUUUAUGCAUAGAACUAAGAUGAGUACACCAUUUUUCUCAAGAGGAUGGGGUGGUACAAAACUAGAUAUGCUUGAGAAUAUGAUCAAUCAAUUGUUCCCUGAUUUGGGGAGACAAAGUUUGCCUCCUACUGAAAUUCAACCUGUUUGGAAAACUGUUUGGGAAACUAGAACCGCUUGUUUGAGAGAAGGGGUUUUUAGAACCCCUUGCGAGGAUCAACUUCUUGGUGCAUUGCCACCUGAGAGUCACAUUGCUAGGGUUGCUUUUCUUAUGCCUAAGUCUGUUCCUCCUCAGAAUAUGGCCUGUGUUGUUCAUCUUGCAGGAACUGGGGACCAUACAUUUGAAAGAAGACUACGUCUUGGUGGUCCAUUGGUGAAGGAAAACAUUGCAACCAUGGUUCUUGAGAGUCCAUUCUAUGGACAAAGACGUCCUGUGCUGCAGCGUGGUGCAAAACUUUUGUGUGUCAGUGACUUGCUUCUAUUAGGAAGAGCAACCAUUGAAGAGGCACGCAGUCUGUUACACUGGUUGGACUUUGAGGCAGGUUUCGGCAAGAUGGGUGUUUGUGGUCUUAGUAUGGGAGGAGUACAUGCGGCAAUGGUUGGAUCACUUCACCCAACACCUAUUGCUACAUUCCCUUUUCUCUCACCACACUCGGCUGUAGUGGCAUUUUGUGAGGGGAUUUUAAAGCACGGCACUGCCUGGGAAGCACUGAGAAAUGACCUUGCAGCCGAGAAAGUUGCAAUGACUCUCGAGGAGGUGAGAGAACGGAUGAGAAAUGUGCUGUCGCUCACAGAUGUCACACGCUUUCCGAUCCCCAAAAAUCCCAAUGCUGUAAUCCUUGUUGCUGCUACUGAUGACGGAUACAUUCCAAAACACUCGGUCCUAGAAUUGCAGAAAGCUUGGCCAGGUUCAGAGGUGAGAUGGGUGACGGGUGGGCAUGUCUCGUCCUUCCUUCUCCAUAACGGGGAGUUUCGAAGGGCCAUUGUUGAUGGCCUUGAUAGAUUACCAUGGAAAGAAUCUUCAUUGUGAUAAGAGUUAUUAUUGCACUUGCUUGAAGAAUAUAUUUAAUUUUUACCGUUGAUUGAUCCGGUGGUCCUUUCCACCUAUUCUCAUCAAAGCUUGUAACAUUACAUGCAUAGUUGUUCCCUGAACUCCUUCCCCAAAUGAAGAGGGAAAGUGUUGUACAUUAUUAUCAAGAGAUCAUGUACAUUAAAGUUGCUUUUGAAUAACUGAUAAAGUUGGAUGGGAAUUCAUCCAUUAGUUGAACCAA